UUGACGGACAAGACACUUGUCGCAUCAAUUUUGCCAAUGCAAGCUGCUGGCAGAUUUACCAGCAGCAGCGUUGCAUUGGAGGAUGUGUGCAUUCUUUGUCCGUCCUUGCCAAAUUGGGCCUUAAGGCGAGACUGGCCCGUGCGAAUUGCAGCAGCUGAUGCCUGUCCAGAUGGCCUUGAAAAUGUUUACCUGUGCGGACGGGUGGAGGAAGUGCAGAGGCUUUCGUCGCGCUUCGCUCCGCUGGGAUGCUUCGUCGAUCGCUCCGUGGAGGGUGCCGAGCUGCCGAACUGCGAGGUUUUGCCCCAGCUGGCGGAGGAUUUGGCUCUCGCAUGGGAGCCCCUCCUUGCAGCCGUGUGCUCCAGGCAUGUCGCCACUAUUCAGGAGAUGAUCCUCAGGCAAUGCAGAAGAAGGCCUGAAAAGUUGGCCCUCAUCUAUGAGGACAGAGAAUGGACUUAUCAGCAAAUGUGCUCUGCAGCUUGUAGCUUUCGGGAUCGCCUUCGAGAAGAGGGCCUUUGUCCGAGCAGAGGACCGGUGGCUGUAAGACUGGAUGCAUCAGACUUUUCUGCAAUUUGCUUUCUAGCACUGCUAUCGGGCCGUUUCACCAUACAUCUCUUGGAUCGGGGUGCCUCAGGGCAACGAUUUCGUCUUCAAGCAUGUCCAAGUCAGGCCAUUGUCACUGCACGUGGUCAGGACUUGACUGUUACAGAGGACUUGCGUGUUUUCAACAUAGACGAGAUGCAGCUGGAUUGGUCACAACCAUCAAACAGCUUGCAUAUGGACGGCGAUCUGAAUGAUGUGGCCUUCAUCGAGUAUACCUCUGGUUCCACCGGUGCGCCCAAGUCCGUGGCCACUCUUCAAUGGCGCAUUGCCCACUGGGCAAGAUGGCACUGCUUUCAUUUUCCACCAGGGGAAGCACGAGAUGCCUACAAUCUAUUUUGGAUUUGGUACUGGCAAAUCCCACUGUCAACGGGUAGCACAUGUGUUGUGUGGCCCAAUUGGCAGAGCCAAGAUAUCAGCCAGCUAAUGCACUACUUCGCAAAACAUAGGGUGACACGCUGCAACUGUUUGACGCCUGGACAACUCUCUGCACUACUUUGCGUGGAGGAUCACUUGCCCAAGGACUUGCAGGAAGUCUUUGUAGGUGGCGAGGCCUUGCCCCUGGCAACCGCUCGAAGCUGGCUGCAAAAGUGGCCUCGCGUCAGAUUGAUCUUGAAUUAUGCGACCACGGAGACAGCUGCUGAUAUGGCAUUCCUCCCAAUCACAGAGGAGAUUGCAAGUUUAGAGAUGCCCUUUGCUCCCUUGAGCACCCAAAUUGUUUGUUGGAACAACCAGAUGACCGUUGAGAACGAGGAGCUCGUGGUUUCUGGAUGGAAUGUUGCGGAUGCUUACCUGCCCCCAACGGCGUCUUCUGCAUUCAGAAGGAACGCGGAUGGUCUGAGCAACAGCUACCGAACUGGUGACAGAGCCCAAAUCAGAGAUGGGCACAUUUUCAUUCUGGGCAGACUCGACAAGGUCGUGAAGAUUCGUGGAUUUCGUGUAGACACAGAUGGUUUGGAGUCUUUAUUGAUGAAGGCACCUGGAAUUAAAGCAAUCUGCGUCAGAAAGUUUGAGGAGAGCUUGUAUGCCGUGAUCUCCACUCUUGACCUGGAGACCGUUAAGACUUUUGCCAAGGAGAACUACGAACAUUCACAUCUUCUUGUUUGGAUUUCCGUCGAUGCCUUGCCAAUGACGAAGUCUGGCAAGAAAGACAUCGCAGCCAUCACGCAGAUCUUGGAGAAACGUUCGCAGCAGAACGAUGAGGUCAUGGAGUACUAUGGCGAGGAAGAGCAUCGCGUGGCUGCUGCCUACAAAGAGGUGCUUGGUCGGGACAUCCACCGAGAGAUGCCCUUCGUCGAGGCUGGAGGCCACUCCUUGUUUGCAAUGAGGAUUGCCAAGCUCCUGGGGAUUUCGCCUGUGGAGCUCUUCAAAUUUCCCACAAUCGCCUCCCUGGCCAAGUCGCUCGAGCCCUCCGAGGUGGCGGUGAAGCAGGUUGCCAGUGGUGUCAUCAGUUUGCCACGGGUGCCGCAGGCAUCGAGCGGCCCAUUGGCAAUGGUUGGUUUGGCGUGCCGCCUGCCGCAUGCAACCUCAACGGAGCAGUUUCUGGACUCAUUGCAGGCUGGUCACCUCAUGACGACAGAGCUGCCGGCGCUGCCUGGGCAGAUUCCACGCAAAGGCGUGGUGCCGGACUUGGGCUUUGACUGUCACUUUUGGAAGUGUACGGAGCAAGCAGCGGCCAUGAUGGACACCGCACAGCGUGCGCUCUUGGAGAUCUCCUAUGAGGCUUUCCAUGGCUCCAACUUCUCGGCACAGCUUCGUGAUGGACAACUGCGAGGUAUAGAUCUUCCAGAAAGGAAUGCAGCCGUGAUCGUGUGUGGAGGCUCUCUGAAUCACUGGCCCUUGCAGCUCGUGGACCUGGAGGAAUCUCGCACCAUGCGUCCAGAUGAGUACUUCAAUUGGGAGGUUGGCACCGACAAGGACUAUUUGGCCUCGAGCAUUGCCUACCGUUUCGAUUUGCAUGGGACAGCUGAGGUGGUGCAAACCGCGUGCAGUUCAGCACUCGUGGCCAUUUCGCGCGCCGUCCAACUCCUGAAGGCGGGACACUGCGACUAUGCGCUUUGCGGUGGCGCAUCAUUCUCUCCAGAUGCGCCUAUUGCGGCUGUGGAUGGAUUGAUUUGGGCACCAGAUGGAGUAUGCCGACCCUACGCCGAGGGUGCCAAUGGCACUACAAACGCCGAUGGUGGUGGAAUUGUGAUUUUGUCACGUGCAGCUGCUGCUGUGAGCCACGGCCAUUUGGCCCAUGCUCAUGUGUUGGGCUCUGCGACCAACAACGACGGCGCCCGGAAGACCACCUUCUCCGCGCCCUCGUAUGAAGGUCAAGUGGAGGUGAUCCGACAAGCGCAUCUGGACGCGGGGAUCUUGAGCUCUCAGUUGGAUUAUGUGGAGGGCCAUGGCACCGGGACCAAGUUGGGGGAUCCAUUAGAAGUGGCCGCCCUUACGGAGGUCUGCCAGGAGGCCCACAGAGUCUUGCUUGGCUCGGCGAAAGGCAACGUGGGCCAUUUGAACACUGCUGCAGGAGUGCCAGGUCUUCUUAAGGCUGCCUUAAUGCUGAAGCACCAGUGCAUGGUGCCGUCCCUCCAUGCUGUAAAUCCCAGCAAGGAGGUCGACUGGACCAGGACACCGCUCACUUUGGCGACCAUCUCCGAAAGCUGGCAAGGCUCUUUGGCCGGUGUGAGUUCUUUUGGCGUUGGUGGCACCAAUGCGCACGUGGUACUCAAAGCUUCAGCCCAGAAUGCACCCGCCAUGCCGAAGGUGACCUGGGAAAGAAAGCCAUUGGAGGCUUUGCUCUCCUCAUUGGGCAAAAAGAACGGAGUUCCAGUUCAUCGUCCGGUGCAUCAUGUGCCAGUCAAAGAGGCAAAAGGCUUGGAGGACUGGUUCUAUGAAGAAACCCGCGAGGCCGUGCGCUUGAGCGAGCUGAAACCGAAACUUGCCUCGGUCUUGUGCGAUGGCGAUGAAUCAUCCAUGCCAGAGGGGAUGCCAAGAACUACAGUGCUGACCACCUGGCAACGUGCAGUCCCUGCUGCCAAGGCUGCAGGUGGCUUCCUAAUUUUCUUGGGAACCAGUGCUCAGGAGCCAGAUGUGAACGACAAAUCUCAAGAAGGGCUGCUCCUGAAUUGCAUGCAUUUGAUCAAAAAGCUUACGCAGUCUAAGAGCACCUUCGAAGUGGCCUUCAUCCUCAACAACACGCUGAGGUAUGCAGGGCUCCUAGGAUUUCUGCGCAGUGCCAUGAAAGAGCACCCGGAGCUACGACUCCGGCUCCUCCGCCGCGAGGGGCAGGCCCCAGUGCUGUUCCCGGCGCGAACGGGCGAGUUCAUCCUGACGUCCUCAGGUGUGUUUGAGCCACGCCUGCGUUCCGUUCGUCCUCCAGCGGCAGUCGAACCCGCGGAGUACCAGCGAGCUCUGGUCACGGGUGGCCUGCGUGGACUGGGACUGCGGGUGGCCAAGUGGCUGGCUGACACUGGCAGGGCCAAGUCCUUGGUCUUGCUUGGCCGUCACCAGUCCACAGGCGCCAAUGCGGAGCUCUUGGAGAGCUUGUCAGGAGAACUACCCGUAGAGGUACGUCUGGGAGACGUGGCGCAGUGGGAACAGGUGGAAGGCCUUCCUGACUGUGAUCUGGUGGUGCAUUGCGCCGGGGCCGUGAAGGACGGUGUGUUGCUCAAAUUAACGAAGGAGGAUGUGAGGAAGGUCAUUUAUCCAAAGAUGCGCGGGGCCUUGCAUCUCAGGAAGAAGUAUCCCAAUGCAAAAAAGUUGGCCUUCUCCUCGAGCUCGGGGCUCUUCGGUGUACCUGGACAAUCCACAUAUGCAGCAGGCAACACCUUCGUCGAUGCUGUCAUGCCCUCCAUCCAGUGGGGAGGCUGGGCCGAAACUGGGAUGGUGGAGGACUUGGGCAUCGAGCCUUUGGCCGGCGAGCGCUUCGUGCCGGUGAAGGAUGGUCUGGAGUGUUUCGGCCGCAUCCUGGAUGCCAAGGAGAGAGCCGUGCCAUUGGCCGUCUUAGAUGUGCAUUGGCCAGUCUUUCGACAUCAGACCAACGUCUUUGCCGUCGACGAUCCACUGCUCGCCACCAUUGAGGCGGAGAUCCCUGCGCCGAGCCCAGAUCCUUUGAAGCAGGUGUGGACCGUUGGCUCUGCUGGCAGCCGACAUCGUGGCACCCGAAGGGGUUUGGAGCUCUGCCAGCAGCAUGUGGUCAGUGGCAUUGCAGUGCUGCCCGGCUCCGCGCUCCUGUCGCUGGCGCUGGAGGUCGCGUCGCAGAUCCUGGGCACGGAGACGGUGCAGCUGCAGGACGUGAAAUUCCUGAUGCCAUUGGAGCUGCAAAGUGUUCGUCAAUUGACGCUCUCAGUCACUAAGACCACUUCAGGUGGUUCACUCCGCUUUAGCAGCCGAGCUGACGGCCAUGAAGCAGACUCCAAAGAGGCUUUGCACUGUACGGCCAACUUUACGGCCGCGGACCUGGUGCAGCGUCCGAGGUUUCAGGGAACGCUGACGCCGGUGGAGAGAAUCUACGAGAACUUUUCUGCAGCUGGGUACUUCUAUGGGCCAGACUUCCAAGGCCACAGCUUCGGUGUGGGAAGUGUAGCUGUGUGCUCCAUGCCGACCAGUGCUUCGCGAGAUUUUGUCCUGGAUCCGGCGCACUUGGACAUUGCGAUGCAGCUGGCCUCUCUGAUUCAUCCCUUGGGGAUGCGAGGUGCUCCGCAGUCCAUCCGCCGGCUGACGGCAAAGGUCGGAGCAACGCUGACGAGCUCCGAGGGCCGAGUUCUUCAAGGUGAAGAGUUCGUGGAUGUUCGAGUCUUCAACCGGGAUCAGCUUGUGUGCAACAUUGAAGGCCUUUCCUUGGCCACGAUGCACGUUGGAGUGCCUCUCAAGAGUGGCCGCGCCGUGUGGCAGGAGACGGCACAAGCUCGACGGUCCUGCUGGAGGAUUGUGGGAGAAGAAGUGAAGAAACUCCAUUUGCCUGAUGUCACUGAAAAGGAGGAGGAGCCGCACGAGGCGGUGGCCAUGGCCGUGAAGGCCCGCAGCCUCGAGGAUGUGAAGCGCUGCCAGGAGGAAGUUCGCAGCCUUGCGGCCAAAUGCCGUUGCUGGGUGCUUUGCCUGGAAGAAGAAGGCUGCUCCUUUGCAGAAGCAGCUGCAGAGGCAGCCGUCGAGGUUGGUGCCAUGGCGGUCAUUGGCACUGCGUCGCAAUGCUCCGAACUGUCCUUGGAGUUGGGAAUGGAUGCUACAUCCACACUGCGCAUCGUCGACGAAGACGGCCACUUGAAGCUGCUUCGACAUGCGGUGGUGGCUGCUGAUCGACCCGCAGCCCUGGUCGCCUCGAGGUGCGAACCCUAUGUGGUGGAGAUUGACUCCUCCAAGGCUCACAAGGGAGCCCAGUGCCGACUCUGUGAACGUCGAAGCCCAGGGCGAGGAGAGGUGGAGAUUCACAGCUCCUUCUGGGCCUUGAACUUCCGUGAUGUGCUUGUGGCCGUUGGUGCUAUCUCCGCGAAUGUGGGUGGCACCUCUUUGGGGCUGGGUGGGGAAUGCUAUGGCACGGUGACAGCAAUAGGCGAGGGUGUAACUGAUUUGGCCGUUGGCGACGUGGUCAUUGCAACACCUCCAGAUGGCAUGGGUUCCUACCUUGUGGCGGACGCGCGUGUGGUGACCAAAGCUCCCGAGUCCAUGAGCCCGGAGGAGGCCGUCGCAGGCACCUGCGCCUAUGCCACAGCCUGGUUGGCCUUGCACUGGAUGGCACGCAUCCGUGCAGGUGAACGCGUCCUGAUCCACAGCGCGGCCGGUGGCGUGGGGCUGGCGGCGGUGCACCUGUGCAAGAAGGUGGGCUGCGAAGUAUAUGCAACAGCUUCCACUGAGGAAAAGCGAGCACUUUUGCGGCAACUGGGUGCGCAAGUGUUCCACAGCAGGAAAGUUGCUGACUUUGAGGAAGGCAUUCUGGAGGCGACGGACGGCGAAGGGGUGGAUGUGGUGCUCAACUCUCUCAGUGGCAAAGCGAUCCCCGCAUCUUUGAACCUGCUGCGCGACUUUGGGCGAUUUGUGGAGAUUGGCAAACGCGACCAGUAUGAAGGCACUCAAAUGGAGCUGACUCCCUUCUUGAAAGGCAUCUCCUAUCACGCGGCCCACUUCGACGUUCUCAUGUUAAAACGCCCUAAUGAGUGCCGGCGGCUGCUGGAGGAGGUCUGGGCCGAGCUGCCCAACUUGCCGCGCUUGCCCACCAAGACCUUUGGCAUGGCCGAGCUCAAAGGUGCCUUGGAAUACUUUGCCAAAGGCAUCCACAUCGGCAAGGUCUUGGUGGCGGUUGAGGAUGGCGUCCCUGUGCUGCCCAGGCGGCCUCAAGUGGUGGGUCCCACUGGAGAUAUCGUCACGCAAUCUUUGCGGGCUGCCGGCACAGAAGAAGGUGGCAUGAUUGUGCAUUGUGUGCAGUGCCUCGAAGACGUCCCGGAGAACCUGCACCAAGCGCAGAUGGUUGUCACCACUUCCAGAUCUGUAGCAGCUGUGCUAAAGGAGUUGAACCCAGAGGCUGGCUGCAUUGUGCUCCCUCAAUGGGAGCCUCCGAGCAAUUUAGACGAGUGGCUCACCUUGGGAGGACUCAUCAUCACAUCCGAAGACGAACCUGAAGGCGAUUUGCGUGGCUGGCUCUUCAGCAUCGUCGAAGAGAUGGCGGGCCCCAUCGAGAUGGACACGACCUUCGAAGAUGCAGGUCUGGACUCCUUGAGCCUCAUCUCACUGGCCAGGAGAUUGUCCUCAAAGGUCAACAAGGUCAUCACUGUGGCAGACCUCUCCGACAAUCCAACACCACGCAAGCUACUCGAGUCUUUCACUGGCGGACCGCUGCCCGAAGUGCCACGCCCUCGGGUGGUGUGUCUCCACGGCUUCCGCUCCAACGGAGACGCCCUCGCCGCCCAGAUGGGUCCGAUGAUCAGUCAUUUGGGCAUGAUGGAGUGGGUCUUCCUCACUUCGCCGCGUCUGGGCACUGGCCCUGCUGCACCUCACAUCUCAGAUGGUCGAGAGUGGUGGGGCUCGGGUGACUUUGAGACAGGUUGGCAGAGGAACUACGAGGCCCUCACUGCGACGCUGCCCAACGUCCGCGCCGUGAACGCCGUGGGCGCCGUGGGCUUCUCGCAGGGUGGCGCAGUGGCUGCUUUGCUGGACUGCUCCUGGAGAGUUCUUUUCUCUCCAGUGAAAGUGCCCGGUCUACGACCUCAAUCUUCUGCUUGCCUCCUGACCUACGAUGAAAACGAAGAGUACGUGGAAGAAUGUAAGGCAGUUGGAGAGUUCUUCAAGGCGAAGCAGGUCUACACGCAUGGCAAGGGCCAUGACGUGCCACAAGAUGCAGCUUUCAUUAAGACCUUCCAGGGAUUCGUCUCUGGGCAGCUCUGAGGAGCUUCUUCCACCGCUCAAAAGGUGGCUUAUUCUUAGCUUAUCGGGGUUGCGCUGCAUAGGUGUGCCCUAUGUUAUAUGUUUUAGGAUAACGUUUUACCGACGCCCCGUCCCGAGCGAUCGACACCGGCGGGGGGUUUCGAAGAGCGAAACGGCACAUGGUGCAAAAA